GGAAGCGAUGAAAUUUCCAAUUGAGACUCCAAGAAAACAGGUGAACUGGGAUCCUCAAGUGACUGUUCCCUCAGCAGUGCCAGCUUGUGAGCCUGAGCCCAAAACUAAAGGGCAUUACCCAUCUCCACAAUUCUCCGCUUCCUCCCGAGCCACUGUUGUUGCUGCCAUGGAAACCCCCUGUCAAGGCCGGCAGAAAGUCAUGGAUUGGAGAGCAGUGGUGGCCAUCUUUAUCGUGGUGGUAGUUUACCUGGUGGCGGGAGGACUCGUCUUCCGUGCCCUGGAGCAGCCCUUUGAAAGCAGGCAGAAGCACACAAUUGCAUCCGAGAAGGCUGACUUCCUCCGGGAGCACGUCUGUGUAACCGAGCUAGAGCUGGAGACACUGAUUCAGCAUGCUGUUGAUGCUGAUAACGCAGGAGUCAGUCCCAUCGGAAAUUCCUCUAACAACAGCAGUCAUUGGGACCUUGGAGGUGCCUUUUUCUUUGCUGGAACAGUCAUUACAACUAUAGGAUAUGGAAAGAUGGCCCCAAGCACUGUGGGUGGCAAGGUUUUCUGCAUCUUGUAUGCCCUAUUUGGGAUUCCACUGUUUGGCUUCUUGCUGGCUGGGAUUGGAGACCAACUUGGAACCAUAUUUGGGAAGAGUAUUGCAAGGGUGGAAAAGGUUUUCAGAAAUAAACAAGUGAGCCAAACAAAGAUCCGGGUGAUCUCCACCAUUGCCUUCAUCCUUGCAGGCUGCAUUGUCUUUGUGACCAUUCCUGCAUUUAUCUUCAAAUACAUCGAGGGAUGGACGGCCUUGGAGUCCAUUUACUUUGUAGUUGUUACUCUGACCACUGUUGGCUUCGGUGACUUUGUAGCAGGAGGAAAUGCUGACAUCAAAUACAUGGAGUGGUAUAAACCCUUAGUGUGGUUCUGGAUCCUUGUUGGCCUUGCUUACUUUGCUGCUGUCCUGAGUAUGAUUGGAGACUGGUUAAGAGUCCUGUCCAAGAAGACACAAGAAGAGGUUGGAGAGAUAAAAGCCCAUGCAGCAGAGUGGAAAGCAAACGUGACAGCUGAGUUCAGAGAGACACGGAGGCGGCUCAGCGUGGAGAUCCACGACAAACUUCAGCGGGCAGCCACCAUCCGGAGCAUGGAGCGCAGGCGCCUGGGCCUGGACCAGCGAGCACACUCCUUAGACAUGCUCUCUCCAGAGAAACGCUCUGUCUUUGCUACCUUGGAAACAGGACGCUUCAAGGCCUCCUCUCAGGAAAGCAUCAACAACAGGCCUAACAACCUGCGCCUUAAAGGGUCAGAUAAGCUCAACAAGCAUGGGCAGGGGGCAUCCGAGGACAACAUCAUUAACAAAUUUGGAUCGUCUGCUAAGAUGACCAAAAGGAAAAAUAAAGACCUCAAAAAGACUAUGCCUGAGGAUAUGCAUAAAAUUUAUGAGACCUUCAGAAACUAUUCCUUGGAUGAAGAAAAAAAGGAAGAGGAGACAGAGAAGAUGUGUAAUUCCAAGAACACUUCUAGCACUGCAGUUCUGACCAACUGCAUCCAGCAGCACUCAGACCUGGAAAAUGGAGUGAUUCCCAAUGAAGCCAAAGAAAGGGAGCAUAAAAACAAAGUGUUACUUUAA